AUGCGCAGUGAACCAGAAACGGCCUGGAAGGUACGAAAGGUUAACACUGUUUUGACUGUGUCUCCAUUAAAGAAAGGUGAUGAUCCUAACACUGUUUUGACUGUGUCUCCAUUAAAGAAAGGUGAAGAUCCUAACACUGUUUUGACUGUAUCUCCAUUAAAGAAAGGUGAUGAUCCUAACACUGUUUUGACUGUAUCUCCAUUAAAGAAAGGUGAUGAUCCUAACACUGUUUUGACUGUAUCUCCAUUAAAGAAAGGUGAUGAUCCUAACACUGUUUUGACUGUAUCUCCAUUAAAGAAAGGUGAUGAUCCUAACACUGUUUUGACUGUAUCUCCAUUAAAGAAAGGUGAUGAUCCUAACACUGUUUUGACUGUAUCUCCAUUAAAGAAAGGUGAUGAUCCUAACACUGUUUUGACUGUAUCUCCAUUAAAGAAAGGUGAUGAUCCUAACACUGUUUUGACUGUAUCUCCAUUAAAGAAAGGUGAUGAUCCUAACACUGUUUUGACUGUGUCUCCAUUAAAGAAAGGUGAUGAUCCUAACACUGUUUUGACUGUAUCUCCAUUAAAGAAAGGUGAUGAUCCUAACACUGUUUUGACUGUGUCUCCAUUAAAGAAAGGUGAUGAUCCUAACACUGUUUUGACUGUGUCUCCAUUAAAGAAAGGUGAUGAUCCUAACACUGUUUUGACUGUAUCUCCAUUAAAGAAAGGUGAAGAUCCUAACACUGUUUUGACUGUAUCUCCAUUAAAGAAAGUUGAUGAUCCUAACACUGUUUUGACUGUAUCUCCAUUAAAGAAAGGUGAAGAUCCUAACACUGUUUUGACUGUAUCUCCAUUAAAGAAAGGUGAAGAUCCUAACACUGUUUUGACUGUAUCUCCAUUAAAGAAAGGUGAUGAUCCUAACACUGUUUUGACUGUAUCUCCAUUAAAGAAAGGUGAAGAUCCUAACACUGUUUUGACUGUGUCUCCAUUAAAGAAAGGUGAUGAUCCUAACACUGUUUUGACUGUAUCUCCAUUAAAGAAAGGUGAUGAUCCUAACACUGUUUUGACUGUAUCUCCAUUAAAGAAAGGUGAAGAUCCUAACACUGUUUUGACUGUAUCUCCAUUAAAGAAAGUUGAUGAUCCUAACACUGUUUUGACUGUAUCUCCAUUAAAGAAAGUGUCUGGGGUCCUCAGGGGCCACGCUCACUCCCUAGGGGCCUCUUAUACGCUGUGGCUUCGUUCCAAGUAUCUAUACUAG